CAAGCUCUGUGAGCGAGCCAGCUCUCUGAAGCACAGAGCUCAAACUCCGCCAGUUGCUGUGAUGAAGGGAGAGAAGCAGUCCUCCUCAUCCUCUCCUGCCAAGGCCUGUUUUAAACCCAGCUGUCUCAGCUCAGCCCAGGCUCAGCUUGGGGCACUACACAAAAUGCUCUGCUCAGGAGCCAACGUCAGGCCCAACACUCCCAACAGCCAGCACCCUCUCCCUCCAAACCAACAGGGUUGCUCUGGAGCCAGGGGCUGCUCUGCUUCUGGGGAGCAGUCUACAGCAGGGCCCCUGACUGCCACCCAAGCUGACACACUAAGACAGGUCCAGGAAAUUCUGGGAGGGUUGGUAUCUGGGGCUAGGUGUAAACUGGACCCGUCCAGAGUGACAGAAAAGCUACUGAGCCCCAAUGGACCCCUGCAUGAUAUUCGUAGCUUGCAGACCCAGCUCCACAGCUUGGAGGGGGUCCUGGAGACCAGCCAGAACACCAUUAAGGUCCUGCUGGAUGUAAUUCAAGACCUUGAGAAGAAGGAAGCUGAGAGAGAUGGAAGACAUUCCUACAGGACCGGACAGGACAUUGAGAACUGUGGGACCUGCAGGGACUGUGCCUGCAUCAUCUACAGUGUGGAGCACGACUUUCGCCUGCAGGAAGGGCAGGUCGUACGCACGUGGAAGGUGGGCGACCCUCCGGAAGGCUCACCGCAGCCCUCCACUCCCCAGCCCUCCACACCCCACCAACAAGACUCCCCGCAGCCGGUGCGACCCCCGGCCACCACCAAGAAGAACAGGAAGAAAUGCUUCUGGUUCCUCUGAGGGCUGGAGGACGAAGAUAUUUUGAUACUGUAAUGCACUGCGUACUUUACAAAAAAAAAACGACAAAAACAAAUUACAAAGAAUUAACUAUGGUGGUGUAGAAUGAACUGGAGAAUUCAAAUGGAAACAUAAAACUGUGGGUGGAGAAAGCAAAUGACAAAGGUUAUGUUUUUAGCUGUUGGAGUUGAUGGAAAUGGUUCGACUGGAGCGCACAUGUUGUUACUGCUCUUAAAAUGCCUCUUCAGCACUCGCAGGUUUGAUAUGGUGCAGGGAAGUGAAAGUGCUGAAGUCAAAUAAAAGCGAAAGUUCAGUCCACAAUAUAGAGGAAGCAAUUAGGAGAUAUAAAGAGAAUGUAUAGAAGGGGGAUGGGAGGAAGGGGCAAAGUGCAACAGGCAAUACAGCCGAGACAACAGAGCAUAUUUAUAAAAGAUGAUAUUAUUAGAGUUUAUAGGCAAAGAUGGAAAAAGACAAAGAGGAAAGAUUUAUCUUCAUAAUGGACUUCAUCAAUCGGUCAGAACACCAGCUUUUAUAUCCACUGACAUUUAAAAAGAAUUAUUAUGAACUGUAUUUAAAACUUUUAAUAUACUGUAAUUGAUUACACGUGUCUACAUGCACAUGCAUCAACAUAUACAUAAAAGAAUUGAUGAACAUUUACAUUCAAAGCAAAUAUAAAAUGAGAAAAUGGGUGAACUGAGUUCUGUACAUAUCAGAGCUGUUCUGCUUGGAUGCUAUAUUUCAGAUAUGGAUUACUGCUCUAUAAAAGUAUUUUACCACAGCUGGCUUGUGUGUGUUUCUGGACACUGGACUCAACAUGUUUCAAGACAUUAUCAAUGUUUAAAGGACCCCAUCCUCAGUUUCUUUACUUACGUAUGCAAAUACCUAUAGAGCGCUUAAAAACAUAAAGUAAAUAUACAGAUUGAUCAAGUAUUUACUCUGCAGGGAAACUGUAUUUACAUGAACACCAAUAUAUCAAAUAUUGACCUUUUUCAGAAUUCAGAUUUUAUUUAGAAUAUGAUGUUUAAAGUCGCUAAUAGAAGUAAUUCCCUUCAUAUUCCUUUUUUCAUGUCACAGCAUAUUCUGAUUAUGACUCGUAAGAUUAUGUCCACUACACGCUAUAACAUCCCAAGUUAUUCCGCCAGUAUUAAAACAAUUAGAUUCGUACACACUUUUGGAUGUUAUUUUUCAUAUUUUUCAAAAGCUACAGCCUUUUAUUUUUUGGACAUCAUCAUUAGACCUUAGUCACUGCAGGAAACUGGAUUAGACUGUCAAUUUUUAACCAAACAAAAGAUAUAUAAAUAUCACAGCCGAAAUUGAGUCAGGGAAGUGUCUCAGUCCUCAGAUGGCGGCUCAGACAGCCCACUUUCCUGGACACUCCAGGGCAAGUCUCAGGAACUCAAGCCUCAGCUGUUUGAUGGCUGUGAGAAGCCCCAAAUAUUACUACUUAGUAAUUCAUGACACACAUAAGCUGCUUCUGUGAGGCUCUGAGGUGGCAUGAGAUUGCGGCCUAAUUUAUUCCAAACUUCGGAAAGUGUUAGCUCUUGGUUUUGUUUGCCUGCUUGUUUGCAUUUGUGCGGCUGCUGCCAGCUUCCACUUUACCACAAACAGAGCAGUUGGAACCUAUUUUGUUUUGGUUGGGGAGCAUUAUUGGAAGCGAUAGGAUAGUUUCAGGCAUCUUCAUCAGGCAGUGUAUGAGUCCACGGCCCCCUUAUGUCCCGGACUGGUAACUGCCACUUUUU